ACACGGAGGUGCUGGAGCGAAAUAAGGAGCUGGCCAUAGAAUUCCUUGGGAUUGUUGGGGGGGCAUUUCCCCCCUUCCUGCGAGGUGUGUUGCAUUUGUUAGAAUUUUUCCUUCCUCCUUUUUCUUUUUAUGAAUUUCACUGUUUGCUUUCCUGAGCUCGAUUCCUGUUCUUCAGCCUUUCAUGGGGCAGCAGCACUAGCAUCGGGAGAGAAGAUGAGAAAUGUGAGGAGGGGUUGCAACUGUCUCCUGCCAGAGGCCAGAAUGUCCUCAAGGGAGAUGUAAAUUAGGUCGCAGCGAACGACCGAAGGAGGGGGCUUUGCUUUACAAAACUGAGCUGGCCCCUGCUGGUACUGCUGUAUGUCUCCUUGUCCCCCCUCCCGCGAUCUGAGCUUAGAAGGGACUCCGAAGUCGGCUCACCUCUGAUUUGGCUUGGCAUCUACCGCCACCUCUCAUUCCUCCCCUCCCACCCCCCCGCGUCCUUUUUGGGGGUCUUGAUUUUGCAUUUUUUUUUUAAAGACAGAGUGGGAUCUGGGGGGGUUAUGUUUUUGUAAAUUCCCUUUUUCUCGGAGCGGCGUCUUGGAAACUGCAUGAAAAUGUUGACUUAACCCCAGUAGCCGCCCGGCGCUGGCUGCUUGGGAGGAGGAAGAGGUGGAGGAGGAGGACGAAGAGGAGGAGGAGGAGAAGGACAAGGAGAAGAAGGAGCAGAAGCCGUGUUUCUGUCCCAGCUCAGCGAGCCGCAGAGCUGCCUCUCCUGCUCGCUACUCCAGACUGCUCGUGCUUUCCGGCUGGACUGAGUCUCCCCCCUUCCCUUCCCGCGCCCCACUCUCCCUAUCCAGCCUCGGUUUCUCCGGCUGAAGCCUAAGCCCUCUCCCCUAUUUUUCUCCCGAAUUCCCUCCAGACUCCCCUUGGUUUUCUGUGUCCCUUUCUGAGCUGCUUCCCCACCCUCCUCCCCCAGUGGAUGGACCGAUCUCCCCAGGGUCUGGCUCCGGAGACGGAGAUAUGAGGAUCAAUGAUGCACACUGCUGGGUUCAAUGAAGCUGGGAAUUUUUAACUGGAUUCAUUAAGGAAUACAAAGGAAAUAUUUAAAGGGAUCAAUAAUGGUGUCUUCUGGUUGCAGAAUGCGAAGUCUUUGGUUUCUCCUUGCAAUCAGCAUCUUACAGGGUACAGAAGGUUUCAGCCGUGCAGCACUGCCAUUUGGAUUAGUUAGACGAGAAUUGUCCUGUGAAGGUUACUCCAUCGACCUCCGAUGUCCAGGAAGUGAUGUCAUCAUGAUUGAAAGUGCUAACUAUGGACGAACAGAUGAUAAGAUUUGUGAUGCAGACCCCUUCCAGAUGGAGAAUACAGAUUGCUACCUCCCAGAUGCCUUCAAAAUUAUGACACAAAGGUGUAACAACCGAACACAAUGUAUAGUAGUUACUGGGUCAGAUGUAUUUCCUGACCCUUGUCCUGGAACAUACAAAUACCUUGAAGUCCAAUAUGAAUGUGUCCCUUAUAUUUUUGUUUGCCCUGGGACGUUGAAAGCAAUUGUGGAUUCACCAUGUAUAUAUGAGGCUGAACAAAAAGCAGGUGCUUGGUGCAAAGAUCCUCUUCAGGCUGCAGAUAAAAUUUAUUUCAUGCCAUGGACUCCAUAUCGUACGGAUACUUUGAUAGAAUAUGCUUCUUUGGAGGACUUCCAAAAUAGCCGCCAAACGACAACAUAUAAACUUCCCAAUCGAGUGGAUGGUACUGGAUUUGUUGUCUAUGAUGGUGCUGUGUUUUUUAAUAAAGAAAGAACAAGGAACAUUGUGAAAUUUGACUUGAGGACUAGAAUUAAAAGUGGAGAGGCAAUUAUAAACUAUGCUAACUACCAUGAUACUUCUCCAUAUCGAUGGGGAGGGAAGACUGAUAUCGACUUAGCUGUUGAUGAAAAUGGUUUGUGGGUUAUUUAUGCCACUGAGCAGAACAAUGGAAUGAUAGUUAUUAGCCAAUUGAAUCCAUAUACUCUCCGAUUUGAAGCAACUUGGGAGACCAUUUAUGAUAAACGCGCUGCCUCCAACGCUUUUAUGAUCUGUGGCGUCCUCUAUGUAGUUCGGUCAGUUUAUCAAGACAAUGAAAGUGAAACAGGCAAGAAUGCAAUUGAUUAUAUUUACAAUACCAGAUUAAACAGAGGGGAAUAUGUUGAUGUUCCCUUUCCUAACCAGUACCAAUACAUUGCUGCAGUAGAUUACAACCCAAGAGAUAAUCAACUGUAUGUGUGGAACAACAAUUUCAUUUUACGAUAUUCCCUGGAAUUUGGCCCACCCGAUCCUGCCCAAGUGCCUACCACAGCAGUGACAGUAACUUCUUCAGCUGAGCUGUUCAAAACCACAGUAUCAACCACAAGCACUCCUUCACAGAAAGCCCCCAUGAGCACAACUUUAGCUGGUGGAACAAAGGAAGGAAGCAAAGGGACUAAACCACCUCCAGCAGUUUCUACAACCAAAAUUCCUCCUGUAACAAGUAUUUUUCCCCCGCCAGAAAGAUUCUGCGAAGCUUUAGAAGCCAGGGGGAUUUGGUGGCCUCAGACACAAAGAGGAAUGAUAGUUGAACGGCCUUGUCCCAAGGGAACAAGAGGAACUGCCUCGUAUCUCUGCGUGGUUUCCACCGGCACAUGGAACCCUAAGGGCCCUGAUCUUAGCAACUGUACCUCACACUGGGUAAAUCAGCUGGCUCAGAAGAUCCGAAGUGGAGAGAAUGCCGCCAGUCUUGCCAAUGAGCUGGCUAAACACACCAAAGGACCUGUGUUUGCUGGGGAUGUGAGCUCAUCUGUGAGACUGAUGGAACAAUUGGUGGACAUUCUAGACGCGCAGCUGCAAGAACUCAAACCCAGUGAGAAGGAUUCGGCUGGGCGGAGUUAUAACAAGCUCCAAAAACGAGAGAAGACAUGCAGGGCUUACCUUAAGGCAAUUGUUGACACAGUGGACAACCUGCUGAGACCUGAAGCUCUAGAAUCCUGGAAAGACAUGAAUUCUUCAGAACAGGCACAUGCUGCAACGAUGCUACUUGAUACACUGGAAGAAGGGGCCUUUGUCCUGGCUGACAAUCUCUUAGAAGCAACACGGGUCUCAAUGCCCACUGAAAAUAUUGUUUUGGAAGUCGCUGUGGUCAGUACCGAAGGCCAGGUACAAGACUUGAAAUUUCCUCAGGGCAGCAAAGGAUCCAAUUCAAUCCAACUUUCUGCAAAUACUGUCAAACAGAACAGCAGAAAUGGGCUUGCAAAGUUGGUCUUCAUCAUUUAUAAGAGUUUGGGACAGUUUCUUAGUACUGAAAAUGCAACUAUAAAACUAGGGGGUGACUUUGUUGGCCGUAACAGUACCAUCGCUGUGAAUUCGCACGUCAUUUCAGCUUCGCUCAAUAAGGAGUCCAGCCGUGUCUACCUGACUGACCCUGUGCUUUUUACCCUGGAACACAUUGAUCCUGACAAUUAUUUCAAUGCAAACUGCUCCUUCUGGAACUACUCUGAAAGAACAAUGAUGGGAUAUUGGUCUACCCAGGGCUGCAAGCUGGUUGACACUAAUAAAACUCACACAACGUGUGCAUGCAGCCACCUAACCAAUUUUGCUAUUCUCAUGGCCCACAGGGAAAUUGCAUACAAAGAUGGAGUUCAUGAGUUGCUUCUCACUGUCAUCACCUGGGUGGGAAUUGUCAUAUCCCUCGUUUGCCUCGCUAUCUGCAUCUUCACUUUCUGCUUCUUCCGUGGUCUUCAGAGUGAUCGUAACACAAUUCACAAGAAUCUCUGCAUCAAUCUUUUCAUUGCCGAAUUCAUUUUCCUAAUAGGCAUUGAUAAGACUGAAUACACGAUUGCAUGCCCAAUAUUUGCAGGCCUCUUACACUUUUUCUUCCUGGCUGCCUUUGCCUGGAUGUGCCUAGAAGGGGUACAACUCUAUCUAAUGCUUGUUGAAGUGUUUGAGAGCGAAUAUUCAAGGAAGAAAUACUACUAUGUCGCUGGCUACCUCCUUCCUGCCACUGUAGUUGGUGUCUCAGCAGCCAUUGACUAUAAGAGCUAUGGAACAGAGAAGGCUUGCUGGCUUCACGUAGAUAACUCUUUUAUCUGGAGCUUCAUUGGGCCUGUUACCUUUAUUAUUAUGCUGAAUCUUAUCUUCUUGGUGAUCACUUUGUGCAAAAUGGUGAAGCACUCCAACACUUUGAAACCCGACUCUAGCAGGUUGGAAAACAUUAAUAAUUACCGUGUUUGUGAUGGCUACUAUAAUACGGACUUACCUGGCUAUGAAGAUAAUAAGCCAUUUAUCAAGUCCUGGGUCCUUGGUGCUUUUGCCCUUCUGUGUCUUCUUGGUCUCACCUGGUCCUUUGGACUGCUUUUUAUCAAUGAGGAGACCGUUGUGAUGGCUUAUCUUUUCACCGUAUUUAAUGCCUUCCAGGGAGUGUUCAUUUUCAUCUUUCACUGCGCACUUCAGAAAAAAGUACGCAAGGAGUAUGGCAAAUGUUUCCGACAUUCAUAUUGCUGUGGUGGGCUACCAACUGAGAGUCCCCACAGUUCAGUGAAGGCAUCAACUACAAGAACUAGCGCCCGAUAUUCCUCAGGCACACAGAGUCGUAUAAGAAGGAUGUGGAAUGACACUGUGAGAAAACAGUCAGAAUCUUCCUUUAUCUCAGGUGACAUCAAUAGCACUUCAACGCUUAAUCAAGGGAUGACUGGCAAUUACCUACUAACAAACCCUCUUCUUCGACCCCACGGCACUAACAAUCCCUAUAACACAUUGCUCGCUGAAACAGUUGUAUGUAAUGCCCCCUCUGCUCCUGUAUUUAACUCACCAGGACAUUCACUGAACAAUGCCAGGGAUACAAGUGCUAUGGAUACUCUACCGCUAAAUGGUAACUUCAAUAACAGCUACUCACUGCGUAACGGGGACUACAGUGAGAGUGUGCAAGUUGUAGAUUGUGGACUCAGCCUGAAUGAUACUGCUUUUGAGAAAAUGAUCAUUUCAGAAUUAGUGCACAACAACUUGAGAGGCAGCGGGAAGAACCACAACCUGGAGCGCUCGCUCCCCGCCAAGCCCGUGAUCGGAGGCAGCAGCAGUGAAGAUGACGCGAUCGUGGCCGACGCCUCAUCUUUAAUGCACAGCGACACCCCGGGGCUGGAGCUCCACCACCGGGAACUCGAGGCUCCUCUCAUCCCCCAGCGGACUCACUCCCUUCUGUACCAACCGCAGAAGAAGGUGAACACCGAAGGGACUGACAGCUAUGUCUCGCAGCUGACAGCCGACACGGAGGACCACCUGCAGUCCCCCAACAGAGACUCUCUUUACACAAGCAUGCCCAACCUCAGAGACUCUCCGUACCCCGAGAGCAGCCCCGACGUGGAGGAGGACCUGUCCCCUUCCAGGAGGAGCGAGAACGAGGACAUUUACUACAAAAGCAUGCCAAAUCUGGGAGCUGGCCACCAGCUUCAAAUGUACUAUCAGAUCAGCAGGGGAAACAGUGAUGGUUAUAUCAUUCCCAUCAACAAAGAGGGCUGUAUCCCGGAGGGAGACGUCAGGGAAGGACAAAUGCAAUUAGUCACCAGUCUUUAGUAGUAGAGCAAAGAAACGCCAAGGGCCACAUGCAAGUAUUUAAAAAAAGAAAAAGGAAAAAAACAGACUCGGUUGGCCCUGUUUCCGCCUCCUUCCCAUCUGCUUGAAGAGACAGCCCUGUGAUUCUCCGGUGAGAGAGAUUACUGGACCUUGCAGUUCUGUGAAUUUUUAUAUAACAUACAAAAAAAAAAAUAAAAUAAAAAAAACUUUGUAUAUACACAGAGUAUACUAAAAUGAAUUAUUUGUUAACAAAGAAAAGAGAUACCAACGAGGUAUUUUAAAGAUUUCUUCUGCUGCUGAGUUCAUAGAAAUUGCGAAAGAAGCGAAUCAAAUCUCCCCCAGCCAUUUUACUUGCAGCAGUCUCUCUGAACUAACUUUGUAAAUAUGGCUGCACCAUUUUUGUAGGCCUGCAUUGUAUUAUAUACAAGGCGUAGGCUUUAAAAUCCUGUGGGACAAAUUUACUGUACCUUACUGUUUCUGACGAGACUUGGAAAAGCAGGAGAGAGAUUCUGCAUUCGCGUGCAGUCCACUGCAAAUCUUUCCCAUUAAGGCAAAGAUUGAAAACAUGUCUAACCACUAGCAAUCAAGCCACAGGCCUUAUUUCAUAUAUUUCCUCAACUGUACAAUGAACUGUUCUCAUGAGAAAAAAAAUAAUGGCUAAAGAAAUUAUAUUUUGUUCUAUUGCUAGGGUAAAAUGAAAUACAUUUGUGUCCAACUGAAAUAUAAUUGUCAUUAAAAAUAAUUUUAAAGAGUUUGGAGAAAAUAUUGUGAAAAGCUCUUGGUUGCACAUAUGUUAUAAAAUGUUUUUCUUACACUUUGUCAUAAUAGUAUGUUUAAAAAAAAAGACAAGUUCUACUCAUUUUCACUUAUUUUCCACUGUAAACAGUGUUCUGCUUUGACAAGUUAGUCUUUAUUCUUACAUUUAAAUUUCUUAUUGCCAAAAGAACAUAUUUUAUGGGGAGAAAUCUCUUUGAAGCCAGUUAUGCCAUGCCUUGCACAAAUUUGGUGAAAUCUAGGAAAAAAAAAGAUUGUAUGUCAUUCCUCUGUUCAUUCUUGCACAGGGGGCAGAGAGGGCACUGGACACUUCUCACAAACUUUCUAGUGAACAAAAGGUGCCUGUCCUUUUUUAAAAAAAAAAAAGAAAAGAAAACAUAAAUAUUACUCUUCCAUAUUCCUUCUGCCUAUAUUUAGUAAUUAAUUUAUUUUAUGAUAAAGUUCUAAUGAAAAUGUAAAUUGUUUCAGCAAAAUUCUGCUUUUCUUUUCAUCCUUUUGUGUAAACCUGUUAAUAAUGAGCCCGUCACUAAUAUCCAAUGUAAAGUUUAACACCUGUUUGACAGUAAAUAAAUGUGAAUUUUUUCAAGUA